AUGGAAAACAUACUAUCAAUCGGGGCAGGCGUCGCUCUGCGCGUCGUGCUCGACGUUGCAACAGGCAAAGAUCACAAACUCGUAGGCAUACUUAUCGGACUCUGGGAAGGCGUCGUGCUCUCGCACUUCCUCUCAAAGCACACCCGCUCUCGAUCGAGGUCAAAAGACCCAUACCUCGCCCUUGCUACGCGCGUAGCAAUUGACAUUUACUUAUCACAAUCACUUUCUCGCUUUGCCCUCACAUGCGCAUGGACGCUGGUCGGG